GGCGGAGCGGGCGCUGCGGCAGGAGGGAAGAUGGCGGACGAGGAGAAGCUGCCGCCCGGCUGGGAGAAGCGCAUGAGCCGCAGCUCAGGCCGGGUGUACUAUUUCAAUCACAUCACCAAUGCCAGCCAGUGGGAGCGACCAAGUGGCAAUAGUAGCAGUGGUGGCAACAGCAGCAAAAAUGGACAGGGGGAGCCUUCCAGGGUCCGCUGUUCACACCUGCUGGUCAAGCACAGCCAGUCACGGCGGCCCUCAUCCUGGAGACAAGAGAAGAUCACCCGGACCAAAGAGGAGGCUCUGGAGCUGAUCAAUGGCUACAUCCAGAAGAUCAAGUCGGGAGAAGAGGACUUUGAAUCUCUGGCCUCACAGUUCAGCGACUGCAGCUCAGCCAAGGCCAGGGGCGACCUGGGUGCCUUCAGCAGAGGUCAGAUGCAGAAGCCAUUUGAAGACGCCUCCUUUGCGUUGCGGACGGGGGAGAUGAGCGGGCCUGUGUUCACAGAUUCCGGCAUCCACAUCAUCCUGCGCACGGAGUGAGGGGUGUGGGCAGCCCGGGCCUGACCUGUGUGCCAGGUGGGGCAGGGCUGCUGGGCCCACUAGCACCGGUCUCCACUAGAGGGCCAGUGAGAGCUCCUCCCUGCUUAUGUCACAGUAUUUAUUGUUUCCAAAAUGGCGGGGAGGGGGCUUUUCAUGAUUGGAGCCUCUGAAGUCCCUGCUCCCUGACCACCCCCCUCCAUUGGGAUUGCCCCUGUAAGAUUGUCCUCCCCCUUUAGGAAUUGACUUCAGAAGGGCAGUGGGGGUAAAGAGGCUCUCAGCUCCAGGGGGUGGGGGUGACCUGUCCCAAAGAGAAGGCCUAGUCAGCUGAGAGGCCACCUCUGUCCCCACCCUACCCCCUGGGCCAGGGCUGGGGGUUGGGGAUGGUGGGGGGACUGGAGGGCCUCAAGUUGUUUCUGGUUUUGCCAUGUUCCUCUAUUCAAUUGCAUAAAGCAGAUGCCCAGCAUGGUGCCAGGCUGCCUGCAGAGGGGCCCUCUGCACACAGGUACCAGGUGCAUCCUUGCACCCUCAAUUAAACCUGGAACCAUCCCUCUGCUGUCCUGUGUCUCAUUUGCUUGGCUGAAGCGAGGGGAGAGGGGACUGGGUCACCUUCUACCACCACUGGUGUCCACAUAUCCAGCUCCAUCUUCUUGAGAAACCGCUCCUCAUCCUGGGCCCCACCCCUCGACCUCCUCCAUCUCUCCCAGGCAGAGUGGGGGGCAGGGAGCAUCCUAGCAGGAAUUCACAGCAGCCAAUGCCUAGGGAAGUAAAGUGCUGCUCAGCCAGCAUUCCUCAAACUGGGGAUCAGUAAUGUUCUAGGAUGCAAGGACCCUGCCUGAUCCCAUAGCACUGGAUUCAAGUUGGGGUAGAGGUGGGAAUCCUGCAAGAGCCAGACUGAAGCCCCUCAACCCUUGGUGCUCUCUGCAGUCCCCCUCCACACAGCGGCCAUCUUCCCCUUAAAACAAAUUAUCUAACUUCCCUGUCACCACUAGCACUUCUGGCAGGUUGUACCUGGUUUCUGAUGCCAGAUUCAGGGCCCAAUGCAGCAGCUGUUACCAUGGCAACAGCAAGGGGAGGGUUUGUUGCUUAUCCUCUGAGAGCAGGGCUCCUGCCCAGCCUGGAGGGUAGGGAAGCCUCCUGCUGGAACCUGAUUGUAGGGGUUUGUCUUGAAGCAGAGAGGAUCCCUGUGGUGGGCUUCCCCUCUUUGGGUGGGCGCUAUAGGUGUAGCCCACCUUUUCCAUUACCUCCAUAGCUGCCAUGGACCUAGGCUGGGGUCUCAGUUCAGUUAGUGUGGAAGCGGAGGGAGGUUACAACCACUUGCAUCUCUACUCCUCCCAGCCCCACUCCUCUGCCACUUAAUGAAAUGAACUCAGAUAGUGGUGGGCUGGUAAAGUUUGGAGACCUCAGCAAAAUAAGACCCUGCCUGGUGAUACCUCAAGGGAGACCCCCCCAGGUCUGAGUCUCACGAUCCCCUGGGCUGACUCCUCUCUGGCCAGAGUCUGGAGCAAUUGCUGUCUGCCUGUGCCUGCCAGAGCAUUUAUCAUUAGGAAGGUUUAAUGAAUUUCCUCUCAACUCCGGCGGGCUCUGGCUGGUUGGCUGCACCUCCAGGCAAAAUCUUCCAUUGCCCAUGGGGGCCAUAAGGCAGGCAGCAGCCCCACUAUUUGCACCAACGGUUCUGUGGAAUCAGAGGAGCGAUUGCAACCCCCUGGUUGGCUGGGGGCUGGAAGGUCUGGGAUUCUGCUCCAUGGUGAAGAGGCUCUGGUGUCUGAGAUGCGGGGAGGAAGGGGUGCAUUUUCCAGUGUGAGGACAGCAGAGAAAUGGUCUUUGUGGUCCUGCCUGUCACUUUGGGCACAUGUGGGUGGGUGUCUGUGUGUCUGCCCAAGUGUGUGUGUGGCUGUGUCCCUAGGUGUGUGUCUGUCCUAGGUGUCCCAUUAUCUGAGCCUGACUGCCUGCCUCUGUGCCCCCCCCUUCCUUUGUCUUAACUCUGCAGCAGCCAAAACCCAAAUAAGAAAGAAUGUUACUGUUAGAUAAACAUGCCCCCAGAGCCCACUCAGCGUCAAAGUGAUUCAUUAUUAAGUGGCUGUGGCUUCCCUCAUCUGCUCCACAGUCCCACCCACCCUCUCCUACCCGGAAUUGGGCUGUAAAUCCUAGGCCUUCAGGAGGGCGACAGUGCAGUCAGCCAUCCCUUUGGUCUAGCACCUCUUAGUCCAAACUCCUCUCCAGCGGGCUGGUUUAGGGGGCAGGGCUAGAUGGUUACCUCAACUCAGGUAAGGCAGGUACUGCCACAGGAUAGGCUGCAGAACUCCCAUGUCACCUGGAACAAAAGCCACACAAAAGUGUAAGGAGUGCUGUGUGCGUGUGUGUGCGUGCGUGUGCGCGUGUGUGUGUGUGUGUGUGUGUAAACGAAGGGGGGAUGGGUGGUUAUGAUGCCAGGCAUCGGCAGCCAUCUGAGGACAGCAGCUGCUGUGCUCAGUGUGAGGAGCAUGUGAGCCUCCAUGUCUGCAGGUUCUGCCGAACUCAACAGCUCUCAGUCUUGAACCUUCCUUUGGGAGAAUGGGGUGUUAGAAACAGAGGACUGCACUUUGCUGCCAUGCUUUUGUCUCCAAAGUGUCUCAGCCUUUUUUUUAAAGCAGGUAAGAGGAGAGUGGCUCAGUGUGCUCAUCCAGGCAUCGAUUCUUUUUCAGUGUCAAACUUGUUAAUGUAAAUGGAAAUUAAUUACUUUCCUUGAUGAUUUCUUUAAAAAUUGGUUUUAAAUGAGUGCAUUAGGCAGUCACAUUUAUUAUUCAUUGGUUUUGUAGCAUUAUGGCCCUGGUAUCCUGAUUCCCCUGGAGAUGGCAGCACUACGCAGAGAUGAUUUAAUCAGGGAGGCCAUUGGAGACUGGGGAUCAGGGGGAUUGGGAGGGGGUCCUCCCAGGGAGUAGGAUUGCCACCGCUGUAGCCUCAGCACUACGGGGUCUGGCUCGGCCCGUGGGGUUCUUUGCACAAUGUUCCUGCUCUGGAUUCAGUGGGAACAAAGUGACUGUUCCCCACUUCCAGCCCCUCACUCUCCUUGCAGUCAGUCCCCCAGGCCAGUAGGGAGAAGGAUUCUUCCCUUCGUGUGAACCCAGGCACCCUUUAAUCUCCGGCAAGGCUUCUGAGGAUUUAAUCUCUGCUGCUUCCACCAUCCCAGCUCCCUCUCUUACCCCUUCCUGCCUCUAAAACUUCCUGGCUUUGCCUUUCCUUCCCCUCCAGAAGCCCAGGCCCUUUGUUGAGGCCCUGCCCUAACCCCUUCCAGGGAAAAUGGGCUCCA